AAAGCUUCACACAAACCAUCUCAGUCGAGCUUACACCAAGCUCCGCAUCAAUGGCUGCCUUCCUCCACCUCGCCAUCCUCGUCUCCCUCCUGGCCGCCGGCGCCACCGCCAACAACGGCUACACCACACCAUCGCCACCGCCACCACCGCAGCACACGCCGCCGCCAUCGCCACCGCCACCGGCGCCAGCGGCGCACCAAAGCAGCGACAAGGUGCUAGUGAGGGUGGAGGGGAAGGUGUACUGCCAGAGCUGCGAGCACCGCAACUCGUGGAGCCUCGACGGCGCGAGGCCGCUGCGCGGGGCGGAGGUGUCGGUCACCUGCCGCGACGCCAAGAACCGGGCGGCGUGGUGGAGGCUGGCCGUCGCCGACGAGAGCGGCUACUUCCUCGCGGAGUUCGGCGUCACCAGGGCGUCCGACUUCCUCGGCGCCGACCCGCGGGGGGCGUGCUACGCGCGGCUGCUGUCGUCGCCGGACCGCAAGUGCGACGGCCUCACCAACAUCAACGCCGGCAUGGUGGGCGCGCCGCUCCGCGACGAGGGCAAGCGGUGGCCGGGGCAGGGCUACGACAACGUCGUCUACGCCGCCGGCCCGCUCGCCUUCCGGCCGGCGAACUGCCCGCCCAAGCACUACUAGAUGCGCCCGCCGCGGCCGCCCCCAUGCGUGUGGCGCGCGCGCACUCUCGUGCUUUUGAAUUGGGAGAGGUCGUCGUUGGGUGUGCGAAAUUUAAUUUGGACGGAGAAUAUAUCCUGGUUUAUUUUGUGAUUCUGUUCUAAUUGAAUUGGUGGUGUUAUUAUGUGAUUCUUUUGUAAGUUGAUAUUGUUGUGGUUCUACCAGUUUUACGGCAAAUUAAUCAAACUUGAUGUCA